AGGGGCGGGGAAGGAGGCGGCGCAGGCGCAGGCGCAGGCCCUGGCGCCACGGGGGGGCGCGACCCGGCGGCCGCUGCCGCCUUCCUGCUGGGCCCGAACGCCGACCCGGCCAUGGCGCUACUGGCCGAGCACCUGCUGAAGCCGCUGCCGGCUGACAAGCAGAUUGAGACGGGCCCUUUUCUGGAUGCCGUGGCUCACCUGCCGCCCUUCUUCGAUUGCUUUGGCUCACCUGUGUUCACCCCGAUCAAAGCGGAUAUUAGCGGCAACAUCAAGACAAUCCGGGCCGUUUAUGACACAAAUCCCACCAAGUUCCGAACACUGCAAAACAUCUUAGAAGUCGAGAAGGAGAUGUAUGGGGCCGAAUGGCCAAAGGUUGGGGCCACGCUGGCAUUGAUGUGGUUGAAAAGAGGCCUGAGGUUCAUCCAGGUGCUGCUGCAGAGCAUCUGUGACGGGGAGCGGGACGAAAACCGUCCCAACCUCAUCCGCGUCAACGUGACCAAAGCCUACGAGAUGGCGCUGAAGAAGUACCACGGCUGGCUGGUGCAGAAGAUCUUUCAGGGAGCGCUGUACGCAGCCCCGUACAAGUCCGACUUCCUCAAGGCCCUCUCCAAAGGACAGGACGUCCCAGAGGAAGAGUGCUUGGAGAAGGUCCGCCUGUUUCUGGUGAAUUUCACGGCCACCAUCGACAUCAUUUAUGAAAUGUACACGAAGAUGAACGCCGAGCUCAAUUACAAGGUGUAGCCCAGGCGCGGGGCUCCCCUGCUCUCCACAAGUACCCGAAUCACUGUGAAAUGAAUUCAAGGACUGCUGCCUUUCAGCAACUUAGGGAACAUCUCUGGAGUUUUAGGGAACAGCCCGUUUUUAAAGAUAUCUAUUAUAUUAAAUUAUAUAUACCAUUUUCUAUGCAAACAGAGCAAUAAGAUUUAACCAUCCCAUUUCCACUUUGCCUUAGAAUUUCAGGAAGUCUACAUUGUCUUCAUGGCUCUCUUUGAGUGUGAUCUAGCUGAUUAACGUUUCUAAUUAAUCAAGUCCUAAGUGGUUUUUGUUUUAUUUUAUUAUCAUUGUUAUUAUUAUUUUGCAGAGCGCGUGACUGGGGAAAUAAUGUAUAAUUAGGGGGGAAAUAAACACGUGGAACAUGUAAACUCACUUUUAAGUAUGAGACACGUGCUCCCCCAUUUGGCCGUUGACUUGUAUGUUUUUAAAAACAUUAUGAAAUUUGAAAUUAUGUAGGAUUAAACCAAAAAAAAAAAAGUGUGUUAUAUCCUUCUCCCUGGCAUCUGCUGCCGCUGCUGCUGCUGCUGUCUUCCUUCUUCUGACUUCUGGCCAGAUGUUUUUAAACCUCCAGCAAAACCCAUAAGCCUCUGUCUGACUCACACCCAGGGAUGCUCACCGUGAUAAUGGCCUGGACUUUUUCCUGGAGGCCUAUUCUCUGCUUUCUUCUGGAUAACUCUUCCCUUUGGGGACAGUAUUUCCAGAUUAGUCUUGUGGUUUGUAAGGGGUGGGGGGAGACCUCUGGUGCUGCUGAGACUCAGAGCACCCCUCCACCCCGUCUUUUGCCUUAAUUGUGGCUCUUGGGAGCUGCUAAGAUGGGAUCUAGAAGCAUUUUGGUCUCGAGUGAAUUGCUGUGCUGCACCCCGGGGAGAAGUUGGGGUACAAACAAAACAAAAACUAGCAGAAUAAUCCUUAUUAAAACUCUAUUUUGAAA